AAACGGAACGGUUAUAAUACUCAAAGUAUAGUCAUUAACAAGUCCUUUUUUUAUUCUCCGCUUCUUCUCCUCAAGUCUCUUCGAUCAAUGAAUCAAAAUAUUUACCCGGAAACUCAAAAUGCAGUCCUUGGGCAGUCUUAAAAUUGCAUUUUAGCAUCUGGGUGGAAAUUGAGCUCGCUCUUUAGUGACUAAAUUUCAAAAUACAAGAAUGCGCCAAGUUUUAUUUUUAUCAUUUUUUUUUUUUCUGAAUUAUGCAUUCAGUGUUAUUUUUAAAUGAAAAAACGGUGGGUUUAGAGUGUAGAUGGUGUUGAUUUUUAUUAUUGUUAUUCUUUCGUUAUGGCUAGGCGUCAUGGAUGGCAACUCCCUGUUCACACUUUUCAGAUCGUGGCUAUAACAGUUUUCUUCUUGCUAUCUGUUGCAUAUUAUGCCUUCUUUGCACCCUUUCUUGGGAAGGAUAUUUAUGAAUAUGUGGCUGUUGGUGUUUAUUCUGUUCUGGCUCUUGCCGUGUUCAUUCUUUAUGUACGAUGCACUGCUAUUGAUCCUGCUGAUCCUGGAAUUCUGCUCGAGGCUGAUGAGACAGCAGGCCAUAAAUCACAAAACGGCACAGAUCUGCCUGGAAAUGCAUCUUUCAUUGAAGAACCUAGCAAGAUAAGGUUAAAGGAUGGAGGAAGAUCACAUAAACACGGUUCAAGUUUGUGUUCAACAGUUGGGGUUUUCUUUUGUGGGUUUCUUGUAAAACAUGACUGCCGUGGAGAUGAAGAUAUUCUUCCGGAACAAUCUGGGGAGGAGGCUUUAUUCUGCACAUUGUGCAAUGCAGAGGUGCGUAAGUUCAGCAAACAUUGCAGAAGUUGUGACAAGUGUGUGGAUGGAUUUGAUCAUCAUUGUCGGUGGUUGAACAAUUGUGUGGGAAGGAAGAAUUAUAUCACCUUUGUGUCCCUUAUGGCAACUAGCCUUGUUUGGCUUGUUGUCGAAUUUGGAGUUGGUGUUGCUGUCCUGGUUCGAUGUUUUGUAGAUAGAAAGGGCAUGGACCAUCAAAUAACCGAGAAGCUUGGUAUUGGAUUCUCCCGUCCCCCCUUUGCUACUGUGGUGGCAGUCUGCACAGCUGUUUCUUUUCUUGCCACUGUUCCAUUGGGAGAGCUAUUCUUUUUCCACAUGAUUCUGAUUCGAAAGGGUAUCACGACAUAUGAGUAUGUUGUUGCCAUGAGAACUCAAAGUGAACCACCUGGACCAUCUAUGGAUGGAGGAGGAGAUCAACAAAGUUUGCCAUCUUCACCAACCAGUUCAGCUGUGACUGCUUUGAGUGGCAGAAGCUCUAUUGGAAUGAGCUUGCAAUAUAAAGGUGCUUGGUGUACUCCUCCAAGAAUUUUCAUGGACCACCAGGAUGAAAUUGUUCCACAUUUGGAGCCAGGACGCCUACCGUCGACUGUUGAUCCAGAUGCAGUACAAGAAGGUGACAAAGUCAAAAAACUACCACGGCAUCCCGUUCGAAUCAGUGCAUGGAAACUGGCCAAAUUGGAUUCCAAUGAGGCGAUUAAGGCGGCAGCUAAGGCUAGAGCAUCAUCAUCAGUGCUACGUCCCAUAAGUUCAAGACAUCAUCCAUAUGACACUGAUCAUUUAUCGAGCAGUAAUGUUAGUGGAAGGAGCAGUCCAGUGAGCACCGAUCAAGGGUUUCAUAACAGGAAUGCUAGAACAGGAACAACAAGAGUAUCUCCUUCCAGGAGCAAUUCGUAUGCUCCCAGCAAUACGAGUCAUACCAGCAGGGAUGAUGUUGAAGCAUGCCAGCAGAGUCUUAGUAACUUCAGCAGUGCUAACGUCUCUAACCUCACCAGUUCUCCGCUGCAGCAGCAAACUUCAAGCAGGGACCAUUUCAACCCCAUAUAUCAAGCAUCGGCAAAUCAAUCUCCAAGGAGAAGCGAAGCAAAUGCAAGCGCACUACGCGAAAAUGCGGCUCAAAUUUCUAUGAGAAGAAACCUUGGUGCAAUGGAGAAUUUAAGAAGUUCAGUUUAUUGGGAUCCUGAAGCAGGACGCUUUGUCUCCUCUACUUCUAGGGGUAUUGGCUCUUCUGCUCAGGUUCCCAGAGCUGAGCUUUUGUACACAGAGCAAAAUAUAUUCUUUGGCGGUCCACUUGUAAAUGAGCCGCCAGGCAGAGGGACAAGAAAUGGAAGUUCAAUGGCUCCUGAGGUGGAUAGAGGAUCAACAUCAAUUCAUUAUCAGCAGGGGAGAUCACAGAGAGGUGGCCAACUUCCUGUGUUUGUUCCAAGUGAUUCUCAGCAAAACCAAUUUUCAUCUAGAUUCCCUUAAAAGCACGGAAAUGAUUAACAUGAAGGAUUAGUAAUGUGUUAGAAUCGGGAUAUCUUCAUAUGAGUUUUCAUGUUUCCCUGUGCAGUAUUUUGAUAUCUUUUUUAGUUUUUACACUUCUUCCCCCUCUUUAUUUAAUUUUUUUCUUUUCUUUUUUUUUAACUUUGGGAAUUCUACCCAGCUUUUGGAUGUCUCAUAUCUGUGCUAUUUUUACUGACCCCUAUAAAGAGAUUCUCACAGAUUAAUUCAA